UGUUAUUGUUACUUUAGCUCAAAGAAGUUUAAAAAAAUUUGCUUUCAUGGUAAUAUCUGCAUACUAUCGAGUAAUCAGCCAAUCAGCAGUAAUUCAACAAUCAAUUAUCCUGAGGAAUUCUGACCCACGACGAAUGGCAAAGACUAUGACUCAAGAAUCUCGUAAACUGGUUUUCGUGACCGGUAACAAGAAGAAACUCGAAGAAGUUCAAGACAUUCUGGGGACCUCGGUUGACUUGACCAGCCAUAAACUUGAUUUAACCGAGAUACAAGGUACAAGCCGUGAGGUAUCGGCCGAUAAGUGUCUGCGCGCUUCGAUAGAGCUAAACGGGCCUGUCAUAACCGAAGACACGUGUCUUUGCUUCAACGCGUUGCAAGGCCUGCCAGGACCAUACAUAAAAUGGUUUCUGGAUAAAUUGGGUCACGAUGGUUUAAAUCGAAUGUUGAGCGGAUUCGAGGACAAAUCCGCCUAUGCACUAUGCACUUUCGCAUAUUCGACUGGACCCGGAACGGAACCAUUAUUAUUUGAAGGUCGCACUGAUGGGAAGAUUGUGCCUCCUCGUGGUCCAACAGAUUUCGG